AUGUUCAAAUUUCCAACUCCUAAGAAAAUCUCAAAACCAACAAAUCUCAAGAACCCAUUGCGCCGCCCUCGUUCUUCCCCUCGCUCAAGCACGCCGGAGCUGCCCUCGUUCUUCCCUUUGCUCAAGCACGCCGGGAGCUCCGCCGUUCUGACGCAGCCUGCCGUGAGUUCCCUUCUGCCGUUUCCCGAGAACCCAUUCCCUCUCUUUCUUUAUGGCUCAAGAACGGAGCUCAGUGCUGCUGUCAAUAAAGAGACUAAUGAGGAGGUCGCUAUCAAGAAAAUCGGCAAUGCAUUUGAUAACAGAAUAGAUGCAAAAAGGACUUUGAGAGAGAUUAAACUCUUGCGCCACUUGGAUCACGAAAAUGUUAUUGCUAUCAAGGACAUUGUUAGGCCGCCAAAGAGGGAGGCUUUUAUCGAUGUGUACAUAGUCUAUGAAAUGAUGGAUACAGACUUGCAUCAGAUAAUCCGGUCUGAUCAAGCAUUAACAGAUGAUCAUUGUCAGUACUUCAUCUAUCAGCUGUUAAGAGGACUGAAAUACAUACACUCAGCAAAAGUUUUGCACCGUGACCUUAAGCCGAGCAAUUUGUUUCUGAAAGCAAAUUGUGACCUUAAGAUUGGAGAUUUCGGGUUGGCUAGGACAACAUCUGAAACUGAUUUCAUGACUGAAUAUGUCGUUACACGUUGGUACCGAGCGCCUGAAUUGCUUCUUAAUUGCUCAGAGUACACUGCUGCAAUCGAUGUGUGGUCAGUUGGUUGCAUCCUUGCCGAAAUAAUGACCAGAGAACCUAUUUUCCCAGGAAAGGAUUAUGUCCAUCAACUCAAGCUCAUUACAGAGCUUUUAGGCACACCAGAUGAAACAAGCCUUAAAUUUCUAAGAAGUGAUAAUGCCCGAAGAUAUGUGAAGCAGCUCCCCGUUUUCCCCAAACAAAAUUUCUCCACAAGAUUUCCAAAUAUGUCUCCAUUGGCCCUGGAUUUACUUGGAAAGAUGCUCGUCUUUGACCCCAACCAAAGAAUAAAUGUUGAUGAUGCCCUAUGUCAUCCAUACUUGUCCACUCUUCAUGAUCUAAACGACGAGCCAAUUUGCUCCACGCCUUUCAGCUUUGAUUUCGAGCAGCCAUCCAUAACCGAAGAAAACGUUAAGGAGCUAAUUUGGAAAGAGUCACUUGUAUUCAAUCCCUAGUCAGUUCACUGAUCAUGUUUAUGUACAAAUUUCAGAUUUCCUACGUAUUUAUAACCUUUCAUGUUUAAUGUGUGUGUGUUUUUUUGUUUUUUUGUUUGUUUGUUUGUUUUUUUUUUCAUGUUUAAUGUGUUGACUCAAAAGAUAUAAGGCAAGUGCAGAUGUAUGUUUAUGUUUUAUUAAUUCAGACCUUGUUAGCAUCAUGAUAU